UUGUGGCUCAUGCAUCUAAUGUUUCAUCAAUGGUUCUGGGAAAGAGUUCUGGUCGACUUCUAGCCACUGGUGGUGAAGAUUGUCGAGUUAAUCUGUGGUCUGUUAAUAAGUCUAAUUGUAUUAUGAGUUUAACGGGUCAUACAUCACCAGUGGAGUGUGUGAGAUUCAGUACCAAAGAAGAAUUACUUGUAGCAGGAUCCCAGUCAGGAUCUCUUAGAGCUUGGGAUUUGGAGGCUGCCAAGAGUCUCCGCACCUUAAGUGGACACAAAGCCAACAUCUGUAGUCUUGAUUUUCAUCCGUAUGGAGAGUUUGUUGCAUCUGGUUCUAUGGACACCAAUAUUAAGCUUUGGGACAUUAGAAGGAAAGGCUGUGUCUUUCGCUACAAGGGUCAUUCGCAAGCAGUCAGGUGCCUUCGAUUUAGUCCAGAUGGGAAAUGGAUUGCAUCUUCUGGUGAUGACAACACAGUUAAGCUUUGGGACAUAACUGCAGGGAAGAUAAUGGCAGACUUUACAAUGCACACAGGACCAGUGAAUGUUGUUGAGUUUCACCCUAAUGAGUACCUGCUAGCUUCAGGUAGCUCAGAUAGGACAGUAAAAUUUUGGGACUUGGAAAAGUUUGAGCUGGUGAGCUGCAGUGAAGGAGAUACUAAUGCAGUAAGGACAAUUGUCUUCAAUUCUGAUGGAAGCUGCCUUUAUAGUGGUUCCCAGGAUUCCUUACGGGUAUAUGGCUGGGAGCCAGAACGUUGUUUUGAUGUUGUGCAAGUAAAUUGGGGCAAAGUAUCCGAUCUUGCUGUCUGCAGUAAUCAGCUGAUUGGAGUUUCUUCUGAUUUGACAAAUGUAUCCAUAUAUGUUGUUGACCUCAAUCAUGUCAGAAGGUCAGGAUCGGUCAUACAGGGUCUUCUUCAGGAUGACUCCCCUUUCAGCCAGCCAGUGCCAAAAGGAGGAAGCUUUAGGCGAAAUUAUGAGAGACCAUUGACUACCUGCAGCAAGCCACAGAGAAGGCUGAAACAGGAAUCUGAGAGUGAGCGGCAAAGCCCUGAAAAUGAAAGGCGCAGCCCAAGUAGUGAAGAUGAGAAGGAAGAAAAAGAGUCUACUGCAGAGAUCCAAAACCCUGAGGAAUACAAGCAGAUCUUCCAACCAAAGAAUGCUAUAUCACGGACACCACCACGAAAAAACGAGCCAUUUCCAGCUCCACCGGAAGAUGAUACAUUUGUGGUUAAAGAAGCUACAAAACCAGGCUUUGCAGCAGACAUUCAGACUCCAAAACCAAACAAGAUAAAUCCUGAAUUUUUGCAGGUGCCUCCUUUGACGACUUCUACACCUGUAAACAGAGUGGAACCUGUUGUGAUACCUGUCACAAAGAAUGAGCCAAUUGGGCUAAGAGUGGCAGACUUCUUACCGGUGCAGCCUGCCCGAAACAAUUACCAGGCAGAUGGUAAAGAAGAUGCUAUGUUACAAAUUAGGAAAGGCCAUGAUACCAUGUGUGCAAUAUUGACUACCCGGCAUAAAAACUUGGACACUGUUAAGGCUAUCUGGACCACUGGUGAGAUUAAGACAUCACUGGAUUCUGCUGUUGCUAUGAAUGAUCUCUCUGUGGUAGUGGACAUCUUGAACAUCAUAAACCUUAAACCGUCCCUGUUGAAGUUGGAUCUUUGUACUACAGUUCUUCCCCAAGUUGAAAAGCUGAUUCAGAGCAAGUAUGAAAGCUAUGUACAAACAGGCUCCACUUCCUUGAAGCUGAUCCUACAGAGAUUUUUACCCCUGAUAUUUGAUACAUUGAAAGCACCACCUCCUGUUGGGGUGGAUAUCACACGAGAAGAGAGGCUUCAGAAGUGCAAAGCAUGCCAUAAGCAGUUGAAGAACAUAAGCAACAUUGUGAAAAACAAGGCAGGAGCAGCAGGGAGACAUGGAAGUGCCUUUAGAGAGCUACAUAUUCUUAUGUUGGGCUUGGAUAAUGUGCCAAGUUAAAGAAUGCAUCAUUGCGUUUGUUUGAUUCAUGUAAACCAAGAAGCAAGUAGCCGUCAUGUUUAUUUGCAUUUAUGGUACUGCAGCAUUGUGGUGGUUUUAAUUCUUCAGAAUGGCAGCCAAAAUACCCAUGAAAGACCACAAUCUUCAUGCAGACCCAUUGAGGAGAAAAAAUGUUUUAAGUUCAAAAUAAAAAGAUUGGCACCUUCCUGAUGUUUCAGUUCAUGAGAAUGAAUUUUACAUUACAGAUUCUUGCAUAAGGAUAUUGCAAAAAUGUGCUUCUCUAGUACAAAUCUCUCCAUACAAUUUCAGCAGAUGUUUAAGUAUACAGGAUGUGACUUGUAUAGAGAGUGGCCUUGUACUUCUCUGAAAAAGCAGUUGUCUGCAGAAGUAAUUUAUUGUACAUUUAAUGCAGGUAUGCAUAACAUUUCCUGGUAUUGCUAGUUUUAGCAUUUGUAAUGAACUGUGAAUAGUGUCCUGACAAUUUAGACACAAUAUCAUUAAAAUUGUUGCAGAAAACAACAAUAUAUAUCUUCAAUUGGCAGAUGUGAUGCAAAUAAAUCUGCUGUUAUUUGUGUGCUUUGUACAUGUGUCUUUGGAAGAACAAAGUAAGCACUUCUGCUUGAGUCUACAUUUGUAAAAUUUCCCAGAAUCCUUUGUAAAAGUUACACAGGAGCCCUGAAUUCAAUGUAAUGGCAUGUGUUGUAAAGAAACAUUGUGUUUGUUACAGGCAUAUCAAGAACAUGACUGUUUCAGCAGUGUCCAAGUCCCAUUAGCUUACAUGACAAACAUUGUGAUAUGCAUUUUUUGGGUUAUAAAAUGAAUAUUUUAAAGUGCUUUGUAAUUGCUACACUUUGUUGAGCUGUAACAGAAUGGAUUGCCUUCAGUAGAAGUGACUUUAAGGAUUUUUUGGUUUCCAACACCUUGUACUAAAUACAGUGCAAAAGGAACUAUUUACCAUUACCCAGACUUUUAUGUAUGUGAGGAGUUAAGUAUGAUACAUGUGUGACUUUUUUAUCUAGGGCUGACUAUGCCAGCAAAUGUUGCAAAUGAAAUUUCAGACUCUGCAGUUUCACACAGAGGUUUGGGAGUCUGUUAUCCAGACUGCCUGCGAAUGUAUGUGUUGUGCACUUUUUGAUGUUGCUGUCUGCCCCAUUGUGUAGAUAUAUUUAAAUUUUGUUUAAUAAAACUGAAUAUUUUUUGUGUUGUACAUACUGAUUUUUUAGAGUUGUCAAUAAAAUCAACUGAAGUUGUUUCUUA